AGCUAUUGUAUUUGAAACAUUGGAACAAUUGCACAAAAGUCCAACAAUUCAAACAACAAUAAAUUAUGCGACUAAUGUUACAUAUUUGACAACAAUCACAACUCCUGGUAUAUACAAGCAUAAUAUUUGUUAAGCGAAAAAUACAACUAUUAGUUAAAUUAUUUUUUGAUCUACACUUUUGUAUGUCGAGCAAAAAGAGAAAAGAAUAUGUUUUAUUUAAAAGUGUUCAAUAGACUGGAGUUCGGCUGAAGAAAGUCAGUCUAUAGAUUAUUGACCUUUGAUCCAGCUCAUUCGGAGCUCUGGUUUAUUCUAUCUCGUAACAGCAUCUAAAAAAAACUCAGUAGCACACUUGGCCACUUCCAUAUGUUGUUUUGGAGAAGCAACGUGACUGUUUCCGCACGGUCAGUACAUAGGUCUACGGAAAAAUAAAUUUACCCCGUUUUACUUUUAUGCUAUGGAAACUGCUAAAACUUCCAUAUUUGUUACACUUCAGUCCUUUUAGGAUGUAGGUGAGGGUGAAGAUAUGAGUGCUGUUGAAGUGAGGGCGCUAAAAGGAACCUAAAGUGACUAAAGAAAUAACUUGGAGGGUCUAAAAGUAAAACGGGAUAAAUUUUAUUUUCCGUGGAUCCCUCAAAGUAGGCCUUGAUUGAGAUGUGCAUCACAACAGAUGACUAAAUUAUGAUCGUACUUUUUCAAUCGGACAAAUUCAUUAACCUACUACAAUAGUUUUCGAUUGAGGACUAGUGGAACAUUGUGAAUAGAGAUUUACGAGACUAAAAUUUGGAAGUUUUUCAGGACCAGAUCCACGAGAACAAAGUUAUCCUAACCGGAACUAAAGGUUAUAGUUAAAUAUUCUAUGGUUUUUCAGUGAAUCAUCUUAUAAAUCAUAUUAACCAGAACAUAAUUCAAGAACGAUAACCCCCCAAAAAAAUGCUAGUUAUUGACUAAAUAAAUGAAAUUAUUGAAGAACUGUUUUUGAAUUUGAUACUAAUAAAUUUUGAAAUUGAUUUUUCAGAUUGGAAUCAGGACCAAGAAAAAAUCUUAAUCUCAAACAUCUCUAGUCAUGAACAAAUAGCUUAUAAAUUACGAAAUAGUUUUCUUCGAAUUAACUUUUUAUCAUAAUGUUUUUUUUCUGUUUAGUUGAAAUCACAUCGGCAGUUGAUAAUAAUAAUAGUAAUAAUAGUUUCUCGGAUUUCAUCAAAGAAAUGUCUGCUGCUACUUCUCAAAGUGAUAUCAGCAUAAAUAGAAGUUCACUUGACAUUAUAAAACGAAUUGAAUCAACUAUGAAUGUUUAUUUAUAUCCAUGUUUAAUUGAAUAUAGUCUUAUAUCAUUAACUGUAUUCUUUCUUAUGUGGAGAAAUGUUGGUAGAAUAAGUGCAGAACCAUUUUUACGUUUUGGUGAUCGUCAUGUAUUUACAAUAAAUUGUGCACGUGCUUCACGUGGUUUACUUAUUGGUGGUAUUAUACUUUUAUUAACAAUUUUAACACUUAUACCAACAUAUCUACUUAAUGAAGAUGCAAUAUCUGUAACACAUAUAACUGAACUUAUUUUACUUACUGUUUCAUUAUGUAUUGUUUGUAUGUCAUUCUUACAUACAACUAAACUUUAUUAUAAUCCCAAAGCACAUGUUGAUGCAUUUGAUCAAGUAUUAAUAUUAAUAACAACAGUUGGAGAUUUUGCAUAUUCAUUUUUUGGAUUAUUUGCAUCAAUAUUUGUUGAUCGAUCUAAAAGUAAAUUACCAAUUGGUAUUGAAAUAUCAAUUGGAUUUUUAGCAAUAUUUCAAACAUUUUUACAAUCAGGUUUUAUUUUGGAUACAUUGAAAAGACGUGUAAAAUCAAAAUUUGAAAUAAGAAAUAAACCAGGACGAGAAACAAUUACAGCUUUAUUAUUAAUUAAUCUUGCUAUUUGGUUACAUGAUUCAUUAUCAGCAAAAAAAGUAAGAUUAAAUCCUUUACAAGUUGAAUAUUAUGAUGCUGGUACUUGGGCUAUUAUUCAAGCAUUUACAUCACCAUUAUCAAUAUUUUAUCGUUUUCAUUCAAGUGUAUGUCUUGCGGAUAUCUGGCAAGAAGUUUAUAGUGAUCGUGAAAAUAAUGAUGGAAUUAAACAGACAAGAAUAGUUGGAAGACAACAUUCACUAAACAUGGAUUAUGUUCAUGAUACUGAACAUUAA